AUGGAAAAAAUUAAGGAAAGUCAAGAUAGCCUUUUUCUGGCGACAGAAAAGCACAUAGAGAAGUUACACGACCAAUUGGAUAACCUAUCGAGACAGAACCAAAACAUGAAGGGAGAUUUAAAGCAGAAAAGUAUUCAGAUUAUUGCCCUCGAGUCACAAAUAGAUCUAGAUGAUGCACCUGGGAAAAAUAAUCGAGGGAAUGACCCUAUUGAGGAAUUCGAACAGAAAACAUUAUGCAGAACAAGCGGAGAUAUGACAAAGGAUAAGCAACCCUUCUUCGAUCUGAACAGACAAUUAGACAAUUUCAAGGAACAAAUAAAAGAUAAAAAAAUAAUAAAGGAACAAAUAAACCAGCUGCAAAACCAACUGCACACUUUAAAAGAUGAUAUUAAAAUGAUUGAAUCUCUAAAAAUGGAAAAUGAGAAUCUGAAGAAAUUGUUAAGUAGGAAAAAUUCGAACCUUAACGAGUAUGAACAGAACAUAAAUAAGCUAGAAAAAAAUAUUGGAAUGUUGAACGAUCGGAAUUUUGACUUGCGUAAGGAGAACACAAAUUUGUGUGCAAAUGUGAUGGCCCUAUCACGUUGCGAUGAUACGAUAAUUGAUCCCCUCGACUCGGGGCAAAAGGGAACUCGCUCAGGUGGCGAGGAAGCACAAAAUGGACAAAUAAUAACAGAUAGGGAAAACAAAAUAAAGGAUUUAGAAGCACACGUUGAUACAUUGAAGCAGCAAAUUUUUGAUCUAAACGAAGAGAUCUUCGACUUGAAGCAAAAGAAUGUCCAGCUGAAGAAAUCGGCCAUGGUGCGCAGCAGCAGUGGAGAUAUCCAAACGGUACAAACGGAGGCAGAGAAAAUAUAUGUAGACAAAAUUAACCUGCUAAAAGGGAAGCUAGAAGAAAGUAAGACCAAAAUUAACAUGCUUAACGGAUUGCUCAAAACGUCCAAUAGUCAAACUACUCAGUUGAAUAAGAAGGUCAGGACGAUACUGAGAGAAAAUAAAACCUGGCAGAAAAAAUAUGAAAAAUGUCUCACCUAUUUGGAGAGCCUUAAGGGGAAAUACGAUGAGGAGGUUUUAAAGCUGCAGAGAGGGAAGUCCCCAUUCGUUUUGGGUGCAUCCAGGGGGGAGAAUCCGUCACCUCUGUGUAGUGGGGCAAACUGGCUCAACGGACAAAGCGAACAGGAUGCUCUUAAUGUAGAUGAUCCAAUACAACAAAAUUGUCGAAAGUCACUCGAAGGGGAAAUUUACCCAUCUGAAAAGGCUUCCCGUGAAGAGGAAAAAAAGGGAGAAAUCGAACUCGUUAACAGCGCAAAUACGAACGGUGCUUCCCCAGGACGGAUGGACAAUCACAUGAGAGGAAGCUUGAAUCAUAAACAUGAAAAAAAAGAAGACGAAAAUGAGGGUAUGUCCUACAAAGUUUCAAAACUUAACGGUGCAGAAUCCGAUAGGAAGAUUUUCUUCCCCUUUGGUGAAAACUCAAAUGCCAGCUUCAACUUGGUUCACAACGAAAACAAGGAUGUCAGCAUAAAUGACAUCUUCGAAAUUGAUAACAUCACGAGAGAUAUCCAUCGUAUGUUCUCCGAUAAUGAGGAGAGUGUAAAUGGGAAGGGGGAAAACGGGUUCUACUUCACCGAAAGGGAGAGGCAGCAUUACUCUGAAAAAGUAAAGAAAGCCGAGGAGAGAGGCCCAACGGAGGGAGUCUUAAAAAGUAUGGAAAAAAUAUACGUAGCGAAUAAGAUAAGGAAAAUGAACGAAGAUAUGCAUAAAUAUAUAGUUCAAAGGAAAGAAAAAUUGGACAACUUGUACGAUGGAAAUUUAGUGCAUCAGGGAAAACCUCAGAACAAGGGAAACAUCCAAGGGGAUCGUUUAGAAGAAGGUCACACUAAAUUGGCACUCAAAGGAAAGGAAGACUUGAAUGACGUCACACAGGUGGAUUACUCCACAACGGACCAGGUGUACUAUCCGUAUGGAAUGCCACAGGUUCCCCAAAGGAACGUGCGGGGCGACCCCAUCAACGUCAGCGAUACACAUGUAGUAAGCGGCAAGGAGGACUCCUGUGUUGUGAAUAACCAUUUAAGAGCCGGAAACGAAACGAACAUGUCGCAGCGCGGGGGAUUCACAAAUGUCUCAGACCACUCGGUGCAGAAGAACGAAAACAAUUUGAGAAGUGUGUUCAGGUACAAAAUAAACGGUGAGGGGGAAGAUGUGCAGAUAGGGAACUCCAUUGAGGGCGAUCACCCGCAAAGUCAGCAUGGAACAGCAAGCAGCAUCGCCAAAACGCAGCAAAGCGGCAUAAACGAAUUGAGCAACUCCAAAUAUGGUAGGCAGCUCAUGGAAGACAUUUACACUAAGGCAGAUGCGCAUAAGUUGACCAGCCCAGGUAGAGAUAACACCUUAGUAUAUGACAAUGAAUCGAAGAAGAACCUUUUGAAUGCUUCGAGGUAUAACCCGUAUGAACAUAAAAACGUGUCAGGUGGCACCACCGCAGAUGUAAAGAGGUGGGAUAUUCCGAGAGAGGAGAUAAUGAAUGACCCCUAUAGGAACGAUGGGGUAAGGGCCGAACCGAACGGAAAGGACACAAAUGCUCAAAACAAAAAGUCGCAGGCAUGGAUAAUCGACCUCAAAAAUAAUGAAGUGUUUCCGUAUAGGAAGUUGCAGAAUACACUCCUAACGGAUGAGGAGACAGACGUGAAUUCAGAAGGGGGUCCCAAAGGUGGUCAAAAUAUGGCCCCAAGAAAUGGUCAUGCUGGUCCGAAAGGCGCGAAGAAAAAGGCAAAGGCAGCAAAGCACACUCAGCAGGGAGAAAAGAAGUAUGGGGAAAAUAACCGCAUGAAGAACAACACAAAUUUUAGGACAUUCCCGCGCGAUCAGAAAUGCACAAAGGGACAGUCCGCUAAAAAGGCGAGGAGUAAAGAAAAACUACACCUGCUUGUUAAUAACAUCUCUAAGCUAGUUAAGAACAAAAUAAAGGAGGAACUAAACAACAAAAAUAUUCCCAAGGAUAUACUAAACUUUGAGAUUACAAAAAUAAAAAAAAAAGCAAAUGGGUCAAAGGACAGCUUGAAUAAUAAACGGCAGGACACCACCAUCAUUUUGAGCAGUGAUUCCAUGUCCCUAUCGUCCGAAACGCUGAAUGGGACCUUCGAGACGGAAGACAGUUGUCAGAAGAGCGCAAAGUGGCAGAAUGAGAAUGCAGCUUCUUCCGCGAGUGGAAGGGGCACACACAUGCACGCAAGUACGAAUUCCGCAGGCAGCUCCAUGGAUAUCAAUUUGGGAAAAAUUAGGGUUGAAGGAACCAGAGAAAUGUGUGAAGCGCAUCGUACAAAUGGUCCAGAUAGCGCAAAUGCAUCGAGACAGACAAGCCAUAAGCAAAGCGCAAGUGAGUUGUUUGCCCGUGAAAAAAACUCCCCCCUAGUGAGCAAAGAAGACUAUCUAUAUGAUGAUUUACUGUCCACCAAUUUCAUGUUAAAUGACAUCAGCCUUAACAAUGCCAUGUGCUUUGGUCCCAAUUUGAUUGGCAUCGAACAAACGAUUCCUCCCGAGUUGACCCUUGCCAACAUGGAAGGGGAAGAACUCCACUUGGAUAAGCUCCCCAGCCCCUACUUAGACAAUAUGAAUUUAUGUCACCACGAGGAUAGAAAUAAAAAUUUGCAGUUGGGUCAUAAUAGCUAUAUGGAGAUGAACUCUUCCAGAAAUGGGAACUACGGAGCUUUCGGUUCCAAACCGUUCGAUUGCAACCAUGCCAAUGCGCAGAAGACAAACAGGAAUCAGGUCGCAAUUAAUGGCGAUUUAGAUAUGAACAUAGGGAUGAUUCAUAACGGGGUUGGAGGCCAAAUGACUGCACAUGCACAUGAACAUGCACAUGCACACUAUGGGGUCAAUAAAAGCGUCAAAAAUGUGAACACACGGGACAACAACAUUUUCCAAGUUGAGAAGCUAAACAGCUCCUACUUGUUCGACAUUAACUCGCUGAGGCCAGAAGCGAAUCCCCCAUUUUACGAUAGCGCCUUUUUAAAUUACAACCAGCUGGAUAGAACCGGUGUGAAGGCGGGAAACACGAAAUGCACGUUGGGAAGCAGUACAGGUAUUCCUAACUUUUGUAAUGAGGGAAGGAGUACAGUUGGUGCAAACCCUAAUGGCUUACAGGGUGCAACCCCUAAUGGCUUACAGGGUGUAAACCCUAAUGGCUUACAGGGUGUAAACCCUAAUGGCUUACAAGGUGCAUACCCCAAUAGCAGGCAUCUGCCCCCUCCCAACUGCAACAAAGCCAUAUCGCAUAGUCAACCGCAAAGAGGUGAUCAACCCUGCGAAGAGAAUGGCACGAACGGCACGAGCGGCACGAGCGGCACCAACGACACUAAGGAUAGGCAUGAGAGCGGAAAGAUAAAAGAAAAUUCGCGAGGCAACCAAAAGGGGGGCCUAAAAAAUGCUAGGAGGUCCAAAUCGGUGGACGUUAAAAAGGUAGGAGUGAGAAACAGUUUAACUAAUGACACCCUUUCGACGAAGCCAAAAAUGAAGACACAGAUAUUCAACUACUCUGGAAAUAAAAAAAACGGACUGAGAGAUAUGUCAACAUAUGCUGAUAAAGUUCUUGAGGACAUGAAGUCACUCAUCCCGUCGAACGUUAGCAGCAUAGUUGAGAAAUCACCUAAGGGGGGGAAGGUCAGUGGUAGUGUGAAUGAACUGGUUCCUAUUAAGUGCAGUUCUAAUGGGAAGAUGAACCAUAGUAGGAAUCCCAACUUUGGUGAUGAAGACAAGGUAGGCAUAUUGGGCAAAGAAAAUGAUAAACUGAACUUCCACGGAGGGGGGGGAGGUAUUAUUAAGGGCAGUUCUGCAGAUGCCAAUUUGGGCGCUAACAUCAGGACGUCUGAUUUGAGCCUUACAUCACAGGAUACGCUUCCAUCAUUUCGCACCAAGGAACGAGAAAGGGGAAACUCUCUUGGAAAGUACAACAUGGAAGACAACGGACAUAUGGGAGGCAUAAACAAAUCGAAUGGUACGCAAAGGAAUGACUAUUUUUUAGGGGGGGUACAUAAUGAGGACGUACUGCUAGACAAGCACUACUCUCGUGAUAGAGCGCAAAAAAAAAACAUCAUUUCGUUGGAAGAAAAGAGUAGUAAUGAGCAUGCAAAAUUAAAUCCCCAUUUAGGUAAUAACAUGGGUGACAUAACCUUCGCUGACAUUGGGGACCUUCCAGUGAACGCAUUUGGGCUAGAUAAUAUGCUAAAGGAAAUCCACUUAAAUAGUUAUGCAAAUAACGGAAGCAAUGUCUUAGGUAAUGCCUUAAUUCCCAGUCCUAGUUUUGCAGAAAAUGGCUUAAAUUACAAGAACCGUAUGGAAGAAAAUCAUCAGUUUCAGUCCGAAACUCGCAAGAGCUUAAGUAGCUUCCGAGAGGCUUUAAAAAAGCAAGGCAUUUUGGGUUAG